CAACCAUUAUCAUGUGUCCACGUACUCACCAUGCGUGAUAUCCGCUUGCUCCGUAAAAAAACUUUGAUAACUGAUAACAGCUUGUCGCGUCGCCAAUGGAGUAAUUUAUAGCAACCUUUGAGCCUAUCACGACACUCAUUUACUGUUCCACGAUAUUAACUCAGUUCGAAUGUACUUUCAUCAUGGGCGCACGUAGUUUGAAAGUGUUACAAGUGAUUUCUGGGUGGCAAGCCGUAGAAUUGAUUCUAACAUGUGUUUUUGUCGGCAUUUGGCAAAUUAUCGAGAUUUCCGUCAAAAGAUUAUGGAAAGGUUAUCGAAGAAAAGUGGAUGAAAGUCAACCGGUUGAACUGACCGUGGAUUCGUCUAUCGGAACUCAUUGCUACAUCAAAGUUAUGGGAGUGAAAUAUCACUACGUCGAGACAGGGCCGAGAAGUGGCCAGAAAGUGUUGAUCCUCAAAGACGCCCCAGAUACUGGUAAUCUUUGGGGGCCAAACUGGGCGAAUGUCGUCAGAAGGCUGGCAGAAACUGAUCACCACGUAGUCACCCUGGAUUUGAGGGGCACUGGUGGAAGUGAAGGAGGUUCGAGAAGUGAGCUGUCUCCUCCAAGAGCGGUUGAAGAGUUAUCAGCAUUGCUGAAGGCUCUUGGAGUGUCAGAGAACAGACAGGCUGUGGUAAUUGGAUUUGGUAUUGGAGGGAUGCUUACUUGGUACCUAGUCCACACUCGAGGCCCCUUGAUCAGCAAAUUUGCGGUGAUCAACGCUCCUCAUCCGAAUCUCUACUGGCAGUACCCACCUGCCACAUUCUGUCAUCGAGCUCUGCAGUUCAUACAGAUACCGUUGAAUAUUAACCCAAUGUACUUGCUUCAGUGGCCACACUUCCCUGAGCGCUGGUUGGCGGAGGGCGAGCUAAACGACCGCGAAGGUCGCUGGACCAGCUCCAGAGCAUGCGACUGGACUGGUGCACUUAAUUAUGUUAGAGGAGCAGCCUGGUGGCAAGUGAAGCAAGGUCUUAAGACGUCAGCUCCAGCCCUUCUAGUCGGUAACAAGGACAGUGCAGCGCAGCUGGUGGCCAGUGCACAGCACUGCACAGCGUCCACACUGCGUCUUGUCACCAAACCCGAACCCAGCAGUAAGGAGGUCACUGAUGUACUCUUGGAUUUUCUUAUAGAAAAAGAAAAGCUCAUAGAAGAAGUACCAAGAGGUCUGAUGGGACGUGUGUUUGGUGCAGUGGCCGACAGAGGGCGCGAACUUACAGCUAGACUAGUCUUACCGCCAACACAAGCGUGAUAUUGUACGUUUAUGUGAAUAUCCUUUUAAAAUAAGAUUAAUCUAAAUGUACCUACUUCAUACAAGUGUAUUGUGCGUGGAUGUGUGUAUAUAGCCAAGAAGUUCUUCAACUUAAUCAGUACCAGUGGUUCAAAAAUGAGUGUAGGUACAGGUAUGUUUGUAAAAAGAACUUUAUGUAAAGUACAUUUUGUGUACAGUCUACGUGUAAAUAUAGGCAUUGUCGUAAUUUAACUUUACUUAAAAUAAUUAUUAUAGUCUUACUUUGCUCCAAUAUUUUCUUGUUCUGUAUCAUUUAGUAAGUUAUGUGUGUAUAGACUGGAUAGCAAUAUUAUGUUGUAUAUUUUCGGUUCAACACUAUUAAGUCAUUAGACCCAAACUGCUCACUAGCGCCAUCUCGUCAGCGCAAAAUUAAAAACCCUUAAUUAUUCUGUGAUUCUGCAUCAUAGUAAUAAUAAUAUUGUAGUUCCAAAGGUUAUAUGAAUGAUCAGAAGAUACUUAUAAAUCUCUGUUUAUGAUAGCAAAGUCCAUAAUUUCUUGAAGGAAAUAGUGGACUUUGCUAUUUACAAAAAUAACGAUUAGAUACGUAAAGUCAUAUUUAUCCAAUGCACUUUGGAUUGUAGCAUGGAUUAUUGUCAACCCUGUUUUAUAACUCAAUUUUAUAACUAUUUAUUUAUUUGUUUAAUAAUUUUUAUA